CUGUAGAAAGCAAAUUGUCUGUGGCCAAACCUGGAGCUUAUAUUGUUGGGAAAGAGUUUAUGGAAUGAUCCGUGCAAAGACUGGGAUCACCAUUGCACCACCAAAUAUUAAAGAUGUGGUGCAAUGCAGGGAUCUAUCAAGUAUCUGCUUAAUCUUGUGUUAUUCUAAAUAUGCAACCGACAAAAUGGUGCUGUGAUUUGUAGAUCUCUCGUGUGAUCCGCACUCCCCGAGGAAAUGCCCUACUUGUUGGAGUUGGGGGAUCUGGAAAGCAAAUCUUGACAAAACUGGCAUCAUUCAUUGCGGGCUAUGAUAUGUUCCAGAUCACAUUAACAAGAUCCUACAAUGCAUCUAAUUUGAUGGAAGACUUGAAACAUCUGUAUAAGACUGCUGGGCAGCAAGGGAAAGGAAUCAGUUUCAUUUUUUCAGAUAAUGAAAUAAAAGAUGAAGCUUUCCUGGAGUAUAUGAACAAUGUUCUAUCAUCAGGAGAAGUUUCCAACCUGUUUGCUCGUGAUGAAAUCGAUGAAAUCAUUGGUGAUCUCGUUCCAUUAAUGAAGAGGGAGCAUCCACGCCGUCCUCCCACC